CUAAAACGAAACGAACGCGCGCGCUCGUCGCACAAAAUAGAAAUAUUUUCAAAAAGCGGGCGCACAGAAAUUAACCUACCCAACACCCCUGCCACCUGCCACCUGUCCGUAGCAAGAGCGAUACUCCUGAUAUCGAGCGGGGCCAUAAAAUCUUAACUAUAAAAUAAACAAUCGAAUCGACGAAACAACAAAAGUUAAACGCGAGAUACAUAUUCAUAGAUAUAGAUUCGUAUCUGUGGGAAUUAUUAUUAUUAUUAUUGCAAUUGAAUUGGGGAUUGGAUGCACUGAGAUUGAGAUUGAAAUCGAGCGAACGACAGAAUAAAACGGAACGGAACGGAACCGAAGAGUAGAACCGAAACGGAGACAAAGAAUCCACAAGUAGCUGGCAUCGCAACGCGGGGCAGGCAUAGACCGAAAGAUAAAUAACCAAACAGAUCGGAUAAUUGCUCUUUGCUAGUUCACGCUCUAAAAAUAAACUCGAACAAUUCUCGGAGACAACUGCAGUGCAUCCAUCGCCUCACUCAUAGGUUUACCAGGAAGUAGCAAAAGAAGAGCCCCGCCCUUGGAGCCCUGAGGAUCCGCAUCGCUCUCAGACUUCUUUCUGGUGACAGGACAAGAAUGGCCUACGACAUCAGCAUACAGAAGCACAAUUGCCAGACGCCAUCAACGAUAGAAUUUUGGGGCAUGCAACUGUAACAUUCGAGGCAGAGCCAAGGAUCAAGAUCAAGAUCAAGAUCAAGACCAAGACAAGCAGACAACGGGCAGGAGAGGCAGAGAGAGCCGACAAAUUGCAACUUUCGCGUUUCAGUGAAAAAACCCAACAAUUUAACUACGGAACAAACAUAGUUUUAGCCCCUAACUAAACUCCAAACCACAACUAUUAAGUCACUAACUAAGCACUAAGCAGAGCAGCUAACGAACUUAAGCGAGAAACGAACUAAAAACUAAAAACUAAACCUAAACAAUUAAAAGAGGAGGCAACAUCAAAGGCAGCAGCUGCCACCAGCACAACUAAAUGCAACAACAACAACAGCAGAAGAAAGGAGAACAAAAAGUGCAAAAAGUGCAAAAAGUGCAACAAUCGAGCGGAGGAAAAUCAAUGAGCAGCAAACGAAAGCAUAAAAAGCUCAAGCCAACAACGACCUUGAACUGUAGAGGAGGUGGCAACCUGUUGUAGAGAGCGAGAACGGGAGAGAACGAAGCUUUGAAGCAUGCAACAGGCUGGCCAACUCACGCAGCAGCAACAACUCCAGCUACAGCCUCAACAGCAGCAGCAGCUCCAGCAGCAGCAACAGCAACAGAAUGGCGGCGAUGCGGCCGCCUAUGCCGCUGCCUCUGCUGCCCAAGCUGCAGGCGCAGGUGGUAGGCGUGCCGCGAUAAGCGGCGGCCGCUUUGACUUUGAGGAUGGUGGCACCUACUGUGGCGGCUGGGACGAGGGCAAGGCCCACGGCCAUGGUGUCUGUACGGGCCCGAAGCACCAGGGAGCCUAUGCCGGAGCCUGGAACUAUGGCUUUGAGGUCUCCGGCUCGUACAUUUGGCCGAGUGGAUCCCACUAUGAAGGCCAGUGGCAGAACGGUCGUCGCCAUGGUCUGGGCGUGGAGCAGAUCGGGCGGCAGAUCUACCGAGGCGAGUGGUCCAAGGAUGGACACAAGGGCCGCUACGGCGUCCGGGAGAGCACAGUGUCGACGGCCAAGUACGAGGGCACCUGGAACGAGGGCUACCAGGAUGGAUCCGGCUGCGAGACCUACGCUGAUGGAGGCAAGUACCAGGGUCAGUGGCAGGAGGGAAAGCGCCAUGGAUAUGGCAUUCGCACCUCGGCACCCUUCGGCCUGGCCUCGCACCAUCGCCGCAAGAACCUGCACGCCUCGCUGAGCUCCCUGCGUAGCGGAGAGAAUGGCAAUGCGGCCAAGAUGGCGGCGGCGGAGAAAUCGGAGGAGAUCCGUGGUGGCUUUGUGCUGACGGCCAAGUCGGACAAGCUGCCGGUGCGCCGCAACAGUCUGACGGAGAAGACCAAAAAGGGUUUCCUAAUGGGCCUCAAGAUGCGCAAGCAGCGCAGCACGGGAGAUCUGGAGAAGCGUGGCACGAUUGCGUCCGGCAGCAUACGCUCCACAAUGUCAUCGGCUUCCUGGAUCAGCACUGGCUCCGAGCAGUCCAAUCUGACGCAAAAAUCAACGCACACGGAGUCCAAUGCCAGCUUCACCAUGGAGGACGAGCAGCUGGAUCCCACUGUUGUGGAGACGUACAUGGGCGAGUGGAAGAAGGACAAGCGCUGUGGUCACGGCGUGGCAGAGCGCAGCGAUGGUCUCAAGUACGAGGGCGAAUGGUACAACAAUCGGAAGCAUGGCUAUGGUGUGACCACCUUCCGUGAUGGCACUGUCGAGGAGGGCAAGUACAAGAACAACAUCCUGAUCACCAGCCAGAAGAAGAAGCAUUUGUUCCUGGCGCGUUCGCGCAAGUUCCGCGAUCGCAUCACCGCCGCCGUCAACUCCGCCCAGCGUGCCCUGAAAAUGGCAAUGCAGCGCUCGGACAUGGCCAUCUCCCGCAUGGCCACAGCCGCAGCCAAGUCCCAAAAUGCGGAUAUGGCCGCAGAGCAGGCGAGAAUCGACUGUGAGAAUGCCGUGCGAAUGGCACGGGAGUUUGCUCCCGACUUUAAGCCCUCGGUGCUGGAACGUUUUGAGAAGCUGCGCUACAGAGAGCGGGAGCGAUACCGCGGCGCACCCCCAGCCCCAACCGAGGCUGGGAUGAAACCCACUGUGACAACGGGAAUGGGAGCGGGUGCGGGUGCGGGAUCAACGCUGCAGCAGCAGCAACAGGGACAGUUCUCGCCGGCGAGCAGCAGCGGAUCGGAUGCCUAUGCCACGCAAGCACAGCGCCAGCAGCAGUAUCUGAACAUGCAGCAGCAGCAGCGGCGCAUGUCCCAGCAGCAGCAGCAGGAGUCCGAGUGCCCCGUGCCCUCGUCGAUGUACUCGCAGCAGCUGCCCGUCUCGCCGCAGACGGAUCUCUCGGGCAUGGUCAGCCAGGCGCAGCCCAGCCACGCCCAGGUGAUCAGUGCCAUCAAUCAGAUGUACCACCAGCAGCAGCACCAGAGCCAGCAGCAACAGCAACAGCAACAGAGCAACCCGCAAAUGAAUCCUGCAUAUCAGUUCCAGCAGCAGCAGCCGCCCGGCCAGGCCAAGAUGAAUCUGACGCAGAAUCAGGCGCUGACGCAGGCCCAGACACAAGCACAAGCACAAGCACAGACACAGGCUCAACUGCAGCAGCAACAGCAGCAGCAGCUUCCCUUUGGGGCUGGCACCAAUCUGGCAAACAUGUCGCCACAGCAGCAGCAGCAGCAGCAGCAUCAACAACAAAUGCAGCAGCAACUCCAGCAGCAACAGCAACAACAAUCCUCGAUGCAUGCCUCACCCAGCCACAACAAUGCCUCCAAUCUACUGCGACGAGCCUCGCAGAUGCAACAGCAGCAGCUGCAUGAGGCUGCCGUGGCCAAUGCCGCUGCCAUGGCAGCCGCCCAGCAGCAACAGAGAAGCGGUCGCCCGCCCAUGCUGGGACAGAUGGGGCAGCAGUCGUCCAUCGAUCAUUUCGACCACUACAAGCGUCCGCCCAGCCGCGACUCCUCCAUCGAUCGGUAUGCGCGAGCUGCGAGUCGCAUGAGCGGCGCCUUUGCUGGCUCACGCCAGACCUCGCUCGAUCGCUCCGGAAUCGCCGAUCCUACGCUGACUAAUGGCGGCACCACCACACCCGACGGGCGUCCGCGAGCCGGCUCAGUAUUCCGAGGAUCCACACCGGUGCCGGGAGCAGCCGCCGGCACUUCGAACAUGACUGGCAACGGCUCCCUGCCCUCCGGAACUGGUGGCAGAUUAUCGCGUGCCGGCACACCCAGUCUGGGUGCUGGAGGUCGGGCGCCCAGCCAGGGUAACACCGCGGAGCCGCUCUUCUCCUCGCCCAAUCAGCCGUUCGAGGACGUUCUGCUGCGUCAGCGGACGCUCGGACAGGAUAUCAUUCCCUCGCCCUUGCAGCCCAAGCGCACGGAGAGCCUCUACUUGCCAGCCAAGCCAGCCACACCAGUAGGUGGCAUGGCCAUGGGCGGCAAAGGUGGCGGAAAGAAAAUGAAGACGGUGCCCAUCAAUGUGUCGCUGCAGCGAAAGAAGUCCAUGCCCGACUUCCAGGAGCUGCCUCGCGCCACCGAGGCCAUGAGUCGCGAGGAGGUCUCUGCUCUGGGCUCGGCCCGACGCGAGGCAGUGCGUAAACAGAUCGAAGUCAACGAGCGCCUCAGGGCGAAUCCCUUGCUCUACUUGGUCCGUCCAGAGGUUCGGGAUUGGUUCGUACGCCAGCAGCUUGUGCUGCUUGUUCUGUUUUUCAAUGCGGCGUUGGCACUACUAUUUGUCUACAUGCUCACCUAGCGCCGAAUCAUACGCAAGACGACACGAGGCAGGAGCAGAUGUGCUUGCGUGUUGGCUAAUUUGCAGCCACUGUAAGUUGCUCAGUUCGAAAGGGGCGCAGCCUGCGCGCUCGCGCUCUGUGUCUAACAUUCACUGUUUCGUGUGCUUUGUGUAGUCAGUCCACUUCCGACACACUUUUGUGGGGGGUCGAGGCUUAUAACAUUUUAGCAUUUGCCGUAACAAACAAAUUAUGAACCAAAAUAAGUAUCCAACUCGUCUCGUAUGAAUAUGAAACAAAAAGGAGAUCAGACACACAAGAAAAUCGAAUUACAAAUCUAGACUGCAGCCAACUAAAGAAUAAGGUAAUUAACUAAUAGCGCAGAACUGCAAUGCACAAAACGUAGUAAACUACUAGUAAAAUACUUGAACCGAACCGGGUGGCUGUGCGGCCAUUCGUCAUUAAUUUGUCAAGCCAAUUUAAUGAUCAAUAUUUAUAUUUGUGGCUAACCAGACAGGAGAGCAAAUAAGAGCAGCAGCAGCAGUGGUAGGAGAACGAAUAACUAUAUGCAAAUCAAUUUAACGAAUUUUUCUACACAUUUAAUAUAAAGCUAAAGGUAAAAAGGUAAAGCAGAAUGGAAGAAAAACAAAGAAACACAGAAGCAUUAGCAAUGUUUGAACAUAACACACAUUUAAUAAUACGCGAUGUAUUCGAACUGUGGCUGCAUAAUACUCGUACAUAAUACGAAAGCAGAUCUUAGACAGAUGCAAAGAAACCAAAACCAAAACCAAAACCAAAAACAGAAACAUAUUUCCUAUUUGCAAUUGAAUCUACCAUUAGUCAGCAAACUUAAUCAAAACAAAAGGCAAGUAAAUAAUAUACAUAUAUGUACUCAUAUUUAUAUUUAAUACAAAUCGUAACGAUGUGACACCUAUAUUUGUAUAAUUAGCAAAAUUGUGAGGGACCGAAAACAAAAAGAACAAAACUAGCAGCAGCAGCAGUAGCUACAAAUCUAGGGCGCUUUUCGCGCUUUCUUUUGGAUUAACCAGUUGAAAUUUUUUGAAUGAAGUAAGGAAGGAAAAUGGAAAGGAAAAAGAAAAUCAAUAUCUAUGAAAUAUAUAUUUAAAAAUAACGGAUUGAGAUUGUUAACGAAUGAAGCUGUAUAUAUACAUUUUAAAAUAUCGUAUAACUAUAAUUAUUUUCUUCUCCAUAAUUUAUGUUUAAUUUCAUAAUUUCCUUUCAAUGUGUUGGAACCUAUCGUUUUUAUUUUUGUUUAAUUUAUGAUAUACGAAGAGGUUUUGCAACAUUAUUAUUUAAACUUUUUCAUUUGUUAUAGAGAUUUGUAUGCAUAAAUUAUUGAAAAGAAAUAAAACCGCACAUUCGCAUCUUAGCAAGUGUAUUCGGUAAUGUUUGAUUUAAUAACUAUACUAUUUACUAUUUAUAUUUAUAUUGAAAAGAAAACUCUCAAGUGCAAUUAUAGUAAACUGUAAAACUUUCUGCUUUCUUCAGCUAUUUGAUGUGCGUCGUCGAUAGCACUCGUAAAUGGAGCGCGAUCAUAACACAAUUUGGUCCUAUAUUUUGUAGGGCCCUUUUCAUUCACUUUUAAGGAAAGAUAAAUUGUAAAUUUUCUGACAUGGCAAACGUGCAAAAAACUUACGAAUUGAAAGACUUGAAAAAGAAAAUGGUUGGCUGAUUUGUGAAAAUUGAAAAUAAAAACAAUUUGAAAUGCAAUUGAAGUGGAACUCGCGCGGUGCAAGUGCUAUGUAAACUUGAUUCAAGUAUUUAUAUUGCAUUAUAUUUGCAUAAUAAACUGAAUAAAACAACCAA